UGAGUUUGGAAUUUAAGAUGUGGAAUAAAUUGCUCAGCAUAUAAGGGUGGUGGUAAACUUGGGGACGGAGAGAGGCAGAUCAAAAGGGAAACGGCGAAGAUGGUGAGUUUGAAGCGAAUGAUACGACGGCGCCCCAGUCUCCGUGAUUACGUUGUGGGUUUCGCAGCGGAGAAGGUUCAUUGUCAUUGUCCUCUUCCCUCGCAGCAUUUGGCACGCCUCACCCCCAAACGUUUCCUCGAUCUUCACCAGUUUAUAAAUAAGAAAGCAAUUGAGGAGGAGCGCGCUCGACUUGGAGAUGAAAUGAAGAGGGGAUACUUUGCCGAUAUGGCCGAGUUCAAACAGCACGGUGGUAAGAUUGCUGUAGCUAAUAAAGUGAUAAUACCUGCAAUGGCAGCUGUGAAGUUUCCUGAUCUUGAAGUUAGCUUCUCGGAUGGUAAAACAAUGAAGCUUCCUAUCCGUGUUUCUGAUCUUGCAGUUGAUUCUGAUAAAUCUUCUGUGCCCAAGGCAUCUUUGGUUUGUCUUUCAUUUCGAGCAAGCUCCCAGGAAAUGAUCAACUCUUGGAGUGUACCUUUUCUUGAAGCAUUUAGAAAAUCAAAAGGUGUUCAUUUAUAUCAGGUAUCAUUUAUAGAUUCGUGGCUUUUGUGUCGGCCUCCUAUAAAACGUUUCCUUCUCUGGACAAUGAAGAAGCCUAAUAAUCAUGAAAGCAAGGAUACACUUGAGAAGCAUACGGUUUAUUCAUUUGGUGACCACUAUUAUUUCAGAAAAGAACUUCAGAUAUUGAAUCUUCUAACAGGGUAUAUCUUUCUACUUGAUAAUUUCGGUAGAGUAAGAUGGCAAGGCUUUGGGUUGGCAAAAGAAGAUGAAAUAUCUUCUCUUCAUUCUUGCACAUCACUUCUUCUGGAUGAGAAAUGAGAUAUUGAGUAUGAUGCAUAUGAAUGAGAUUAUGCAAUUUUAACUAGUGACAUUUGCGGGGACUGGAAACUGUAACACAAGGAAGUAUCCAUGAGAUGAUAGUAGAGUACAUCUUUUCAAUAUUUCUUCCAAUUUUCUUUUUAAUCUUAUAUUGAAAUUCAUUCAAAUAAAAGCACACUAAAACUUACAAAUUUAUGGAAAACCAAAGAUUUAUUCUAGGAAUUUUGUAAAAUAUUAAAUGUUUGUACUUGAAUUUACCGAUUGUACACCUCUUGGAGAGCAAAGACUGAGCAAUGAUUUGUUAUGAAAUUCAACCAUUAUUCAAAAGAAUGGAGGAAUAGACUAAACGCCCUACCGUGUCAUUGUAGAGAUUUAAAAGAGGGCACACUUGAACCCUCUAUAUAGAUACAUUCUCAACUGCCUGACGCCUGUAUGGUUGACCAUUAAAGAUCAGCAGAAAGAUAUACUGUACUAUACUAUCUCAUCGUUAGAUUUAUCCCUGCAUAACUCCAUUCCAUUCUGUAUGUUAUAUCUCAUUGUAAAAUUUCAUUCAAAAGUCCUUUAUGUUA